CGAGCUAGUAGCGUCGAGCAGCCGACGCCAUUUUCUGUCGGCCUGGCGUACGUUUGGCGAUAUUUCUCGUCAAAUAUCAGCUUGGAGUGUUCUUUUGGCUACAAGUUUUGAAUGCCGACACCUGUGCAUGAGCUUCCGGCAACAUUCCAGAUACGACUGAUCGUCGACGCAAGUGAAUGGUGCGUUAAAGUCGAAUUGUACCAAGGAGACAAUGGAGGAGACCACGGCCAGAGAGAAGGAGGUGCUGCGGUCACUCCUGUCCAUGGAAAGGGGUGACAUGUCAUUGAAUGAUGUUGGACGGACUCAGCCCCAGCAACAACAGCAGCAGCAGCAGCAGCAACAACAACAACAAAUCCACCAUCAUUUUGCUCAGGCAGUGGAGGAGCCACACAACUUGUCCACAUCACAACAGCAGCAGCAGCAGGCCAGCCAGCAGCAGCAGCAGCAACAGCAGCAACAACAGCAGCAAGCCAACCAUCAGCAGCAGCAGCAGCUGACAUCCAUGCAAGCUGUGGAGGCAGGAGAGAUGCAGCACCACCACCACCAUCAUCAUCAGCAGCAGCAACAUCAUCACCACCAUCACCCAGGUCACCACCCAGCAGAACACCAGCAGCAUGCCAUACAGCCACAACAGGGCAUUUACAAAUCGGGCGCGCCCCAGCACGAGGCGACUAUGCAUGGUCACGUGCAGUGGAUGACCCAGACGCCCACCUCUGGCCAUCAGGUCAUCAUUCUGCACGCGCCGGCUGAACAGCAGACGGACGAGGACGGCGGCGGCCCUAUGGCCGGUAUCCUGCAGGCGGCCGAGCAGGGCCAGCUGGUGGGACAGCAGGUGUGGGAGACCCAGGUAGCGGCCGACUACACCACCGGCGUCCAGCUGUCGGACGGCACCAUCAUCCCGGCACAUCCCGACUACCAGCAGCACGGCGCGCCGGCGCUGCACGCCACCCAGCCGCCACCGCACCCGCCGCCGCCCGGGUACGUGCUGGUCGACAGCAAGCAGGCGGCGCCGGCGCCGGCCGGUCCGCCGCCUGCCGCGCCCGCCGCCGCGCCCGUCGCCAAGGAGCGGCCCGCCAAGCCGGCCAAGAAGAAGAAACGCAAGUUGGCAGACAUGCUGGCCGAGGGUAUUGACCCGAGCAAGCUGGAGGAGAGCGCCGACGAGGUGCGUGCGCGCUUCGGCAAGGGCUGCGAGUGCGCCGAAGAGAACUGCUUCAAGAACCUGAACCCCGACUUCGUGUACCGGCACCGGCUCAACAUCGCCGAACUCUCGAAGCACGAGCACGACAUGUACCUGAUGGGCGUGACCAUGGCCUGCCUGGCCAACCCCGACGAGACUGCGCGCCACAAGGAGCGCAAGAGACUGCGCGCCAAGUACGUGUUCCAGGGCAAGGAGGUGUGCCUGGACGCGUUUUUGUACCUGGAGAACUGCACGCACUACCAGCUGAAGCGGAUCCGCAAGCACGUGAUCACGCACGGCGUAACGCCUCGCGUGCACGGCAACCACGGCAAGCGGCCGCACAACACCCUUCCGCUGGACAUCUACAAGCACGCCAGCAACUUCCUCAACGAAUACCUGGACAAGUUCACGCACAAGACGGACGGCAAGAAGACGACCAAGGUGCAGAGCAAGCGGCUGCCCGUGUGCCUGCCGCAGGACGUGACGCGCAAGAAGAUCCACGAGGAGUACGUCGACUACUUCAGCCGCUGUGAGCGGGAUGCCCAAGUGAUGUCCUACUCGGCGUUCCGCUACUUCCUCAAGGAGCAGUUCCCGCACGUGCGCUUCCCGAAGCUGGACAAGGCGCCGCUGCCGGAGCCUGGCGUGAAGCAGGAGACGGCGGCGGCGGCAAGCACGCCGGCGCCGGCGCCCGUCAUCAUCGACCUGGAAGGGGCGCGCCAGGCAGUGACCAGCUUGCUGCCGGCCGAGGGCGGCUCGCCGGCCGCCUACUCGGUGCCCGAGCACCACCAGACCACCACCUACACUGUCACGUCGCGACCCUACACCUCGGCCAACGGCCAGAUGCACUACGCGGGCGCCAACUACCACUACAGCAUAGCCAUGUAGGCGGGCGAGGGCCGCCCGUGCGUCGCUGCGGGCCGGCAUGGGGCGCUGAGGCGGCGGGCGGCGGUGCUCGCCGGUGGUGACAUCUGCGGGCGGGUAGGCGCGGCGGCCGGCCAGGGGGCGCGGUCGAUCCUCUCCGCUGGAGAGGCGGUCCCGGCGGCGUCCGCGCCGUCGAACAGCAGCAUGUUGCUGCGCUGUUUUCCCACCGUUCUUCUGGCCAGAGCGUACUGAACCUCCGUGCGUCCCGGUGCUACGCCGGGGCUGGGGCUGUGAUCUCAAGACGGGGUUUCUGUUGUACCUUGUUACGUUUAACGAGUGGCACGCCGGGUGGCGUGGUCUCUGCACAGGACUGCCAUCCUUCCUACAGUUCCCUCGUUUCAUGGUUUCGUGCCAUAUGGUCUUCCCGAUAGUCUUGCGCUCGUAAUUAUGUAAAGUGUUGUGAUGCGAAGAUCGCCAGAUCUUCCACAUGGCAGUGACUAUGUGUUAGUUGCAUCGAGCAUGAAUGUACUCCGCACACACUUCUGUGAAUAUAAGAUAAUCGACUGCUGU